AUGAAAGCAGCCCUCAUAGGCUCUGACCCCUCUGCCAUCAGCAGCUAUGUUGGGCUGGCGAGGAGGUGCGAUUCGCUGAGCAGCCAGAUGGAACUGUUGGGUCAGUGGAAAAGGCCCCGAGGCAACACAAAGAGUUCGGACAACUAUGACAACUACCAGAACCAUGGAGGCCAGUCUGCCCAGAAACAUGAUAAGAACACAUAUGGCUACCAAUCCAAGCGACCAGAAGACCAAGCGCUGUUGGGCAAGCGUGCCCACGGAGACGGCAAGGAGGUCAAAAUCGACAAGAUCACGUAUGUGUCGAUCGACCUCGAUGGACAUCAGCAGCAUCGUGUUUUCAUGUACGUCAUCGACGAUCUGAACUGGGAUAUGAUCCUGGGUAAACGAUGGAUGGAAGACCAGGAUGUUCACAUCCAUGCGAAGGAAGGAUAUCUCGAGAUCGGGUCCAAUGGAGUCCAAGUACGAGACCGACGACGUUACCAGCCUCCUCAGCUAGACGUCUCUAAUGUCAUGGCCGCAACCUUUUUAGCAGAAGCACGCCGUGACAAACGCAAAGGCGGCAUUGGAGUUCACUCGGUCACAAUGGCGGAUAUUGACAAGGCCCUAAGACCGAAACCGAAGACUGACGUAAUGGAGAAGCUGCCACCACAGUACCACAAGUGGUCUCGAGCUUUCUCUCAGCAACUGGCCGACCAGCUGCCCCCUCAUCGGCCAGGUGUGGACCUGAAGAUCGAAGUGCUGAAAGACGAGCAUGGCCGAGAGAAGCCCCUACCCUGGGGACCGCUUUACAGCAUGUCCCGCGAGGAGCUAUUGGUGCUACGAAAGACCCUCACAGAACUACUCGACAAGGGAUUUAUUAGAGUCAGCAGUUCGCCAGCCGCAGCACCAGUCCUUAUGAGGGACCGCUAUCCCUUGCCUUUACUGAGCGAGACCUUGCGAACGAUAGCCAAGGCAAGGUGGUUCACCAAGGUAGAUGUUAUAGCAGCGUUCCAUAAGAUCAGGGUCGCCCCUGGCGACGAAGAAAAGACAGCCUUCAGAACGCGCUAUGGAUCCUUCGAAUGGCUGAUAGUUCCAUUCGGCCUGACAGGCGCACCAGCAGCCUUUCAGCGGUAUAUUAACAGCGUGCUCCAGGAUUACCUCGAUGAUUUUGUGUCAGCGUAUAUCGACGAUGUCCUGAUCUUCUCCUCUGGAAGCCUGCAAGACCACCGCGACAAAGUCGGCAAGGUCCUCCAACGACUGAUGGACGCUGGGCUGCAACUGGACAUUGUGACGGUACAAGUGCACGAACAAGACAUCAACAAGAGCGAAUUCGAAGUCAAGGCUGUGAAAUACCUUGGGUUCAUCAUCGAGGCGGAGUGUGGGAUCCGAGUCGACCCAGAGAAGGUUGAGGCUGUGAAGGGAUGGGCAACCCCGACGAAUAUUAAAUCCGACGUGCCAUUCCGUUGGGAUGGAUUGUGCGAAGAAGCCUUCGAGAGGCUCAAGGACCUGUUGAUCACGGCCCCGAUCCUUGCACACUUCCAUCCAGAAAGGGAGACUAUCGUGGAAGCGGACGCUUCAGGAUUCGCGUCGGGAGGCAAACAUUCGGCAGCCGAAGCGAACUACGCUAUCCAUGACAAGGAGCUACUCGCCAUUCUCAGAUGUUUGGAGCAGUGGGAACCAGAGCUACGGGCAGUAGAGCACUUCAAGAUCCUAACGGACCACAAGAACCUGAGAUACUUCUACUCGGAAAGGAGGUUGACAGAGAGACAAGUGCGGUGGUCGGAGUUCCUGUCCAAGUUCCAAUUCAAGCUCGAAUGGAGGCCGGGCCGCAAGGGCGGAUUGCCUGACGCGCUCUCUCGACGGGACCAGGAUAUGCCGGCCAACUACUCCGAUGAACGACUAAAGGGACGCAUUAUGAGGCUAUUCCAAGACGACCACCUUAGAAGGGUCCCAAUAUCGACAUUGUCUACCAACACCGAGGGUGCCCAGGAAAUCAACUUCGGAAAAGAGAUCAGGAUAUUUGAAGAUGAGGAGUUACAGCAGCUGUGGCACGCCGCACGCCAAGAAGACAAGCUCUAUCAAGAACUCACGAAGCUGGUAGCAGAUGGAGCGAAGAGUUUGCCAACAGGAUUACAGAAGGAGAAGCCGCUACGUACGAAGAUCAUCCAGGAAACUCACGACUCUCAUAUCACCGGACAUCCUGGAAGGGACCUCACGUACUCGACUCUGUCGAGACGCUUCUUCUGGCCGGGUGCCGCUAGCGAUGUACGUCGCCGCUCCUAUUCCGCAACGCAUAUGGAGCGAAAUUACCAUUGA